AUCACCUUGCGAGGCAAAAAAAAAUUUUAAAUUCUUAACAAAAAGUUGUAGGAAAAAAGGACAAUAAUAAAAAUGGAUGAUUUUAGAAUUCUCGUUUCAAUAGAUUUUGGGACUACAUAUUCUGGUUUUGCAUAUGUUCAUAAAGAAAAUCCUGAAACUGUUGUAGUAAAUAAUUCAUGGCCAGGAAAAGAAGGUGCCCCCAAAGCACCCACAGCACUUCAAUAUGAUAAUGGGUAUAAAAAUGUCACCAGUUGGGGGAAUUUGGCUUUAGAGGAAGAUCCUGAUGAAGAAGAACCAGAUGAUACAGAAAGACAGCGUCCACGUCCUGUUGAAUUAUUUAAGUUACAUAUAUCAAAUUUAAGAAAAAAAGAAUUACCUUGGUUACCGCCUCAAUUACAUUAUACAAAAGCUAUUGAAGAUUAUAUAACUCAAAUGAGAAAAUUAAUUCAAGUAACUCUAGAAAGACGAUGGCCUACUAUAAAUUUUCCUCAACAAGUCGGUUUUGUAUUAACAAUCCCUGCCGAAUGGCCUCCACACACAACUAAAGUUAUGAGAGAAUGUGCAUACAAAGCAGGGUUAUUAACAUCUUUGAAUUCACAACAACUCGAAUUUACAACUGAACCUGAAGCUGCAGCACUUCAUUGUCUUAGCGUCAUAAAGGAACAUAACUUACAACCAAAUGAUUCAUUCUUAGUAGCUGAUUGCGGAGGUGGUACAGUUGAUUUAACUUUACGAAAACUUCUUCCGGAAAAUAAGUUAAGUGAGAUUACUGAACGUGUUGGUGAUCUAUGUGGCAGCACAUUCGUAGAUAAAGAAUUUUUACAUUGGCUUGGAAGAAAAGUCGGAUUUCAAGCUCUAGCGAAAUUGAAAACAGAUAAUUAUGGUCAAAUGCAAUAUUUAGUACAAAGAUUUUUUUGCACCCGUAUUAAAUUUAAAUUUAAUGGAGAAAAAAAAGAUUAUAAAACUUUAAAAUUAAAUUUACAACAUUAUUGUCCUAGUUUACCACAACAUGUCGUUGAUGAAAUCAAAGAACAAAUGGAAGAAGCUGGAUGGAUAUUAAAAGUUGACUAUGAAACUGUUAAAGAAAUGUUCGAUCCUGUGAUUGAUCGAAUUAUAAAUUUAAUUGAUGAUCAGUUAAAAAGUUCUUCGGAAAAAAAUUGUUCAGCAAUGUUUUUGGUAGGAGGAUUUAGUGAAUCUCCUUAUUUACUUCGUAGAGUUAAAGAAACAUUUGAACAUCAAGUUCCUAUCAUCGCUGUGCCAGCUGUACCAAUAGCAGCAAUAGUUCGUGGUGCUAUUACAUAUGGACUUAAUGUUGAUAAAGAUAUUGUACCUGAUCGAGUGUUAAAAUGGACAUACGGAAUCGAAGUUUGUCGCCCAUGGGUUUCUGGUGAUAAACCAAGCAAAAGAACAAAGGAUGGAAUGUACCUUUAUUUUCAUGAAUUGGCAAGACGUGGUAGCAAUGUUAAAGUAAAUCAAAAAUUUUCGGGAGAUUUUUAUCCAAUAAGACCAAAUCAAGAUAUUAUAACAUUUAAUGUUUAUUAUACUUCAAAAUAUGAAGCAAAAUAUUGUAUUGAUCCCGGAAUGAGAUUAUUAGGAGUUAUAAAAGUAAAAACAUAUGAUACUCACCUAGGUUUAAACCGUCCCAUUGAAUUUUCACUUGCUUUUGGUAAAGUAGAAAUUAAAGCUACUGCUAAAAAUAAGUCAACUGGUGAAAUUUAUAAUGAAACCACUCUUGAAUUAACUCUUUGAUAAUUAUAUAAAUAUAUUUAUUUAUAUUGUACUUACGGUUUAAUAAAACCAGUAAUUCAUUGUAUACUUUAUACUUUAGACAAAUUCGUGACAGAUUAUUUUUUA